AUGGGCCUCUUCACCACCUCGACGACCCCCGCCCCGCCCCCGCCCUCCCACGCCUCCCCCACCCCGUCCCCGGACGGCGCGUUCGAAGCCCCGGACCGGCAAUCGCGCGCGCACUGCUGGCGGGCCCGGGACGACUUCUUCGCCUGCCUGGAACGCAACGGCAUCAUCGACGGCAUACGGGAGAAAGAUCGGGCGGAGGGCGCGUGUGGGAGUGAGGGGAAGGGGUUGGACAGGGAGUGCGCCGCGAGUUGGGUCACGUAUUUCAAGCAGAGACGAGUGAUGGAGCACAAUAAGAAGCAAACGCUGGAAAAGCUGGCGAAGGAAGGGGCGAGACCGAUGCCCGAGGGGAUGGCGCUGCCUGGAGACCAGAGGAAACCGACUUCGUGA